AUGAGCGUGACUGUGACCAAGGGUAACGGAGUCACCAUUUACACGGUGACGUCUGACAGCCAAAGUUGCUUGCCUCCAUUUUGCCAACUCUUCAAGCAGAUGUGCUACAGCCCCAGGUGUUGUUCGGUGUCCCAGCGCAUGAAGACCACCAUGGGCUCUUCUCAAGCUCUGCUGGGGAGCCUGCAGAUCGCCGUGGGUCUGAUGACCAUCGCCAUCGGCAUCCUCCCCUUGUUCGCAGGUUACAGAGACCCCUGGUGGGACAUGUGGGUCAACUUGUUCUCCUUAUGGAUGGGCUUGGUGUUUGUGCUUUUCGGCGCCUUCUGCAUUUUCUCUCAGAAGUACCCAAGUCCGUGUCUGCUCAUCAUCAACGCGAUUUUGAACCUCAGCGGCGUGGUUUUCGCCUUGGUCAACAUCGUCCUCUGCGCAAUCAACAUCGUCGUGAUAGACAUAUGGGACGUGUGCGAGUUCAGCAUAGAUGACUACUCCAACAGCGGGCCGAGGGGACAUGAAAGAGACUUGAAGGAGCGAUGCCUCGAAGCCAAAGACCUGCUUCUUAUGUUCCUGAAAGCCAUCAACGGAAUUCUGCUGGUGUUGGCUGUCUUGGAGCUGUGCUUGGUGCUCUCUUCCUCCAUUUUGACCAUCAAAGCUCUGAGGAGCAACGAUAAGAUCCCCGAAGACGUGAAAGAAGACCAAACUUCCCUGGAGUUCCGAGAUAAGCAAGUUCUCGUCAAACCUUCCGUCUAA